ACAUGCCCUAGAUCUCAGCCGGUCCCCUCUUAUCUAGACGUAGAACACUAAGUCAACACGUGUACUCUUCAAUUUCCUUUCAAGAAGCCAAGCCGAUCACACCAGAGGCCAAUUUAGGAGUGUUCAUGAAAACCUCCUUGAUUGCUCCCUGAACCAUUGAAUCUGCACUAUAUUUGUUCCAGACCAGAGGGAUGCCAGGGGACGAUAACUGGAAUGUGGUUGAGUUCCACUUAAAAGAUACUAAUCUCACUCGAUUGCCAGAUAGUCCGGUUUGCCGUAUCCUCGUGAAAUUGUUCUUGCAGGAUACUGAUUUGACAAUCAUUCCUCCCACCUUCUUUGAGCACAUGCCUGUGCUUGAAGUAUUAGAUCUCUCUAAUACAAACAUUGUGUCUUUGCCAACAUCCAUUUCCAAUUUAAGCCGGCUUCAGGAACUUUUAUUGAGAGACUGUUCUUCUUUAAUGGAACUACCAACUGAAAUUGGAAUGCUUUCAAAUCUCAAGUUGUUUGAUAUCAAUGGUACUGAGCUAAUGUUUAUACCAGAGGAAAUGGGAAAACUUAAAGAUUUAGAGGUUCUACGCAUUUGUUUGUCUCAGCAUGCAAAAUACUACAUAGAGACCAAUAGUGUCAAUGAGAAAGUAAUCCCGAGAAAGAUGAUAUCGGAACUCAAACGAUUGAAGGAAUUGUGCGUAUCAAUUAGUGUAGGUUCAGAACCUGAGUGGUGGGAAGAAGAAGUGAAAUAUCUACAACAUGAGUUGUGUGAUUUAGGCAAUCUUCAAACCUUGAGAUGGUACUUGCCUACGAGCGAUGUACUACAACAAUUUUUACUUCUUAAAAGAACUGAUGGUCCAAUAUACAAAAGAAUUUCCAAUUUGAUGUUAACUAUUGGUCAGCAUGCACAAAUUACGUCUUGUCUACCACAAGGCCUUGAAAGGAAGUUUGAGGAAUUUAAGAACUGCCUAAAAUGGAUUAAUGAGGAAGGGAACGUGAAUGACAUUUCCGAGAUAAUUCCAAAGGCCGAAGCUUUGUUCUUGUCUCGCCAUUGGACUAUUAAGAAGCUCUCGACUUAUAACAUUACAAGUUUGAAGUAUUGCUUAGUUGCGGAAUGCAACGAGAUGGAAACUCUUGUUGAAGCAGAUGGCUUGUUUGAAGAUGGAAAAACUCGAAUAGAGAAUAGUGAAAAAAUUGGACUAGAAUUGCUACAAUACUUGAGUAUUCAUCACAUGAAGAAAUUACAAAGUAUUUGGAUGGGGCCGAUUGGCAAAGGUAGUCUCUCCAAACUAAGAAUCUUGGCGUUACAUACAUGUUACCAGCUGACAUCAAUUUUCACUCUGACCAUUGCACAAAAUCUCUCAUGCUUGGUAGAGAUUACCGUAGAAGAUUGCCCUAAUGUAAUCACCCUCAUUAGCGGUGAAUCUCACAACGUCAAAUAUGUACCAUUGUUUCCAAGCUUGCAGAAGAUUUUUCUUUUAGACCUACCCGAGUUGGUCAACAUUUUUGUUGAUGAUAUUAUGUUGAACAAUUUAAGGACUAUGUUGAUUUAUAAAUGCCCACAACUCCGGGAUUUAUCUAACAUGGACUUACCAUACAUAAAGAAGAUUGAAGGACAGACUGAAUGGUGGAACUGCUUGGGUUAUGACAAAUCACGAUGGGAAAGUUUCUUUGUGCCACUCAAAAAAAGGAGAGAUUUGGUGGAGCAACUAUACAAAGCUACCAACUCUCUAGCACAUUUCCAUGAUGUUAUAUCCGAAGAAGAUAAUGAAAAGAAAUCGUCUAAUUUGACUGAUGUUAUAGACCAAAUGAUCCCAGCCGGCACAUCAAUGGAGAAAGGGAAAGGAGUAUUCAUUCCACCGCAAGAAACAGAAAACAAAGAAUCAGAUUGUUUGUCUCGUUUUGAAGCACCAGACACUGAACCUGAGGAUUUUAACUCACUCGGUGUGUCUAAUUCUGAAGCUCGCCCACUCGGUUUUUCUGGUCCUAAAGCUGUUUCAAUUGAAGAAGUGGAUUCAUUAUCCUUGUCUAGACAAGAAAGGAUGAACCACCCAAGUACAAGCUCUGGUCAUGCAAUUCCAGUCGAUCAUCAUCAGCAGCAGCAGAACCAUACUAUCAUUUCAAUUCCUUCCCAGCCAGUGUCACCACCAACACCACCACCAGACCAUACAAUUGUUCCGAUUGUUACACCACCAAUGCCACCACCCGUGCCACCACCCGUGCCACCACCAGUGCCACCACCAGCGCCACCACCACCCAACCUACCUCGUUCAGAUCUGCUUGAUGGUCCUAGAGCGGACUACGUCAAGUUUGGUGUUCCACUUUAUGAAGCAGCAAUCAAAGGAGAUUGGAAGGCUGCUAAACCAAUUCUUGACAAACGCCCCGAUGUGAUAUGUUCUGCCAUCACCGAAAAUUAUGAAACAUUGCUCCACGUUGCAGCAUCAGCAGAAAGCACCAAGGCUGUGGAAGAAUUUGUGAUAAAUCUAGUAAAUAUGAUGGAAAAAAAGGAUUUGGAGCUACAAAACAAAAAUUACAAUACUGCCCUCAGUUUAGCAGCUGCAGCAGGAAACGUUAAAACAGCAAUGAUAAUGGUGAAAAAGAAUCCUGCUGUGGCUGAAAUCCCUGGUAAUAAUCGAACGAUGCCACUCUAUAUGGCUGCUUUAUUUGGAAAACCUGAAAUGGCGAGGUAUUUGUAUGGUAUCUCUAAGAAAAUGGGAGGCGAUUAUUGGUCACAUGAUAAUCGUGGUUGGGUCCUACAAAAAUGUGUUGAAUCUGAUAUCUUUGAUGUUGCUCUAAAGAUAGUUGGUGAUCGCCCGGAGCUACUUGUCAAGAAGGGGUUACUUACCGAUGUUCUCUUAGCUUUGGCUCAGAAGCCUAAAGCAUUUAAAGGAAAAAAACUACAUGUUGUCUUCAGAAUCAUCAAGUCUAUUUUUGGAGUGUUUCAUGUGAAGGUAGGGCCUGGUGAAAAAGAAAGUGAAGCCCUGCAAUUAUUAAAAAUAAUUUGGGAAAACAUUGCCACAAUGGCUAAGACAGAGAUUGCUGACAUAAUCCGAGGUCCACCUCUAGGGUUGGGAGCAAUAAAAAGCUACCCUUCUCGAGUACUUUUUGUUGCUGCUAAAAUGGGCAACACAAGGUUUAUAGUUGAGCUCAUUCGAUCAUAUCCUGAUCUAAUAUGGAAACAAGAUGACAAAGGAAAGACGAUAUUUCACUUAGCGAUCAAACGUCGGCAAGAAAAGAUCUAUAAUAUGUUAUAUGAGAUUGGUGCAAUGAAAGAUUUAAUAACCCCUAUUAAAGACAAAAAAGGCAAUAACAUGUUGCAUAUGGUCUCAAAGAGUGCUAAGCAAAGCCGAUUUCAAAAUGUGUCUGGAGUUGCUUUUCAAAUGCAACGGGAAUUGUUAUGGUUCAAGGAGGUAGAGCAAAUGAUCCCACCUCAAUAUAGACAGAGGAAGAAUUUAGACAAUGUAACACCACAAGACUUGUUCACUAAGAAACAUGAAAAGUUGGUAACCAAAGGCGAGGAUUGGAUGAAAAAUACAGCGUCUCAUUGCAUGGUGGUUGCAACCCUCAUAACCACAAUCGUUUUUGCAGCCGCUUUCACACUUCCGGGUGGAUACGACCAGGACACCGGUAUUCCUUUCUUUCGCAAAGAACCAGCCCUCAUUAUUUUUGUUAUCGCAGACACUGUUUCUUUAAUAUCCUCAUCAACCUCGAUCCUCAUGUUCUUAGCUAUCCUUACAUCACGAUAUGCUGAACGUGACUUCUUAGAGUCAUUACCCAGAAAGCUAUUGUUUGGGCUUGCAAUGCUCUUCCUCUCUGUCGUGACCAUGAUGAUUGCAUUUAGUGCGAGUUUCUUUGUACUUUAUGAUAAAAAGGUGAAAUGGGUACCUAUCACUAUCACUGGUUUGGCUGGCAUGCCGGUCAUUCUAUUCGCCAUACUGCAGUUUCGUCUUCUAGGGGAUGUUUUCUACUCGACGUAUCGAUCUAGAUAUCUUUUCAAGCCUAAGAAACGUAUCCUUUACUUUUAAAACCAUUGUAAUAUUUGUUGUCUGCCAAGGUUUGUGUACUUUAAUGACUACUUUUGUAUAUAUAGUGAUGACCAAGCGCAGUUACGUUUUUUGUGAUCUCAACUACUAAAAUGUUGGAUUAA